AUGUCUGAGGUUCUCUACUAUCACCACGGACGCUUCCAACUUGCGGGAGGGGUCCUUCCCAAUGCAAUUACUGCGUAUCGGACCUAUGGUAAUCCGAAGAACCCUUGCAUACUCUUUCCCACCUGCUAUGGUGGGAGACUUGACAAUAGGGGUUUAAUGGGUCAGGAUUAUAUGAUUGGCGAGGACAAGGUUUUGAAUCCAUCAAAGUACUACAUAGUCACUGUCGCCUUGUUUUCCAACGGGGAGUCUUCAUCUCCAUCCAAUACACCUGCCCCUUAUAACGGGCCACACUUUCCGCACGUCUCCUACGAAGACAACAUUCGAGCACAGCAUGCAUUAUUGACUAAAGGGCUGGGCAUCGAGAAGCUCUUCUGCGUGAUCGGAGUAUCCAUGGGUGGACAGCAGGCGUAUCAUUGGGCAGCAAUGUAUCCGGAUUUUGUUGAAAGAUUCGUUGCUAUUUGUUCCGCUGCUCGCACGAACGACCUCAGCAGAGCUUUCCAGGAAGGUUUCAAGGCGGCCUUUGUAUGUUCUAAAGACUUCGACAACGGAUACUACAAAACCCGGCCUGAGAUCGCUAUGCAUGCAUUCAGUCGGGCCAUCGGUCCGUGGAUAUAUUCGCAGGCUUGGUUUGCGCAAAAAGGAUACCUACAUGAUGGCAUGGUCUCCUCAAUGGAAAACUUCAUGUGCGGCGCAUGGGAUGCCGGCUUCCUUCCUUGGGACGCGAACGAUCUCCUUGUCCUUAUGCGUACGUGGGGGCAGGGGGAUAUCUCCUUGGUCAAUGGCGGGAACGGUGACUUGGCGCAAUGUCUUGCAAAUGUCAAAGCAAAGGGCUUGAUAAUGCCCUGUAAAACGGACCUCUUCUUCCCGCCAGAAGAGAACAUCAAAGAGGUCGCGAGUAUGCGGGGCAAUGGCAGGCUGGCUUUGAUUGACUCGAUAUGGGGGCACAUGAGUGAGCUUUAA